UGAUGUGUAAUUCCAAACAAUUUGAGGUUCAAUUGGCUAUUAUUUCGCCGACCCCUUUUCCCCUCUUUGUAUUUAGGGCUAUUUCUUUCGGCACCCAAAUUGAUUUCAAAGACUACCGUAUACAUUAUUCAUGAAAAUUCAUUAGCAACAUUCAGAUAUUUUUCCUUCGAAAAAUCGCCAAUAUAUAGUUUUGGGUUAUCUUAAAUCGUUGGUAGACGAAUGGAAAUUGCGAUUGAUGAAUGUUCCUCUAUUGGAUUGGGUGUGAUGAGUACAGCUCCUCCAAGUAUGGCUUCUUCUGCUUCGAUCCCAAUAGAUUCGUCGAAUAUUGGUUUCCGGCUUUUGAAGAAGCAGGGUUGGAAAGAAGGGACUGGCCUUGGUGUUUCCCAACAGGGCAGGCUAGAGCCCAUAGAAGCGUUCAUUAAGAAAAAUAAACGGGGUUUGGGAGCAGACAAACCGAAGAAGUCAACUGAUCAACCGAAACCACAUAAUGGAGAAGAUGCAAAAGUGGCGAAAAGUAAACCGAAACGCAAGUCGAAAAAGAUGAGGAAGAUUGAAGAGUUUGAAAAGCGGUUGCAAGAGCAGGAAUUCGAUCGCAAUUUUUUCAGAGAAUUCUGGCCGGACAAUGUUUGAAUUUUUUUUAUUUUUUUAGUUCCUUAGAGUAAAGCUUUAGACAUGUACAUAGGUUCGAUCUAGCAAAGAACACGAGCUUGUACAUAUUUAAAUUUACCGACUUUUGUUUACGAUAUUUCUAUUUGAAUGCCGUGGUCGUUACAAGUGCU